AUGAAGUACUAUUGUUCUCAUUCAGGGUGGACUGCAAUUUCGACCUCGCAUCGGUCUUAUCAAGACCCUCAGCGGGAGUCGAACCGCGACAGUGCAGGAUGGGGUACUCGUGGCAGUGUAGCCGAGUGGUUAGCGCGUCAAGCUACCGUCCUGAACUGUCGCGGUUCGACUCCCACUGAGGGUGUUGAUAAGACCGAUGCGAAGUCGAAACUGCAGUCCACCCUGGAUGAGAACAACUUUCGGGAAAGCAAGGCCAUGUAA